CAUCGCAGGGAGCCUGUCGAGAGCCCACAGCACAAAGAGCCAUCACUCAUCACUGUUGCCAGACGCCACUCUCUACACAAGUUCUUCAGGAGAGCUGCUGCAAGUGGGCAGAUAAUGGACUUAUCCACUUCCCAGCCUCUUCUGCCAGCAUCCGAGAAGGAUCCUCACUAUCUUCAGCAAUGGCUUGAAGCUUUUGUCACCUCCUUUGAACGAAUUAUUGACAUCAGCUCCUUUGAGCCACUGCAGCGAAGGCCUGAAGAGAUGACUGCAGAGAUUCCACUGUUGCCAGGCAAUGUCCUGCAAGUCCUGAGCCAUCAACUGAGUCAAUGUGUACAGAGAUUAUCGACUGAGGAGGCUGGGGCAGGCCUUGGACAAGCUCUCCUCCUGAUAAAGUUCCUCAUCAUAAUCUGCAGAAAUUUUGAAAAUAUUGAAGCAAAGAUCACUCCAACCUUCAUCCUGGAGGUUAUUAAUCUGUUGGCUGUGUGCACAUCUGAGCUAAAGAAUGAAACACAGAAGACACUUUUACCAGGCACCUCCGAGGUUGAGCAAUUAACCAUGUAUGCACUGCACUUGUGUGAAUGCCUCUUCGAUCCAUAUCAAAUCUGGAGGCGACAAUUGGGCGGAGAGAUUAUCAGUUCAAUGGAAAGGAGUAAAUACAAGUUUGCACCAGCUGUUUUACCUCAGGAAUUCAACACAUUCUUCCAUGAAAGUUUCAAGAACAACCAGAAUUUGCCAAAGAUGAUUCAGCUGCGGCUGAUAUACCUUUAUGGAGCCAUUAUCAGUGGGAGUAAGAAAAAUGCACUUCUUGCCAUCACCUCAACCUCAGUUGAGGCUCUCAUGCUGGUUCUCAGGACUUCAUGUGACAUAGGAACUCAGGACCAGAAGGACACCAGACCACUGCAUGUUGCCUUAAAGUGCCUGAUUGCAAUGAUCCACAUUCUUCAUGCCAGUAGCCUUGACCAGAGGCAAGUGGAGAUAAAGGCAAUAUUGGAAGGUUACUUUAAGCUGUUGAAUGCUGACAGGCCAGUGGCUGUGCUGGAGGAGGGGAUAAAAACCCGACUGGAGGACGGGUUCAUCACAGUACGGAUCAACAUGCUGAGUGCUAUCUCCGAAAUGUUGAACUGUAAGGAUCGCCCUGUGCUUCAGGCCAUAUUCCUUAAUAACAACUGCUUUGAGCACAUCAUUAGACUCAUCCAAAAUAGCAAGCUCUAUGUAAGCAGUAGAUCUAAGGAUGGGAGUGACCUUACCACUCAAUUACUGACUGAAAUCAAUCUCAGCAAGGUAUUUGAGAAAGAAUCGGAUUCCAUCACAGUGCAUGCCAUCAGAGUGCUGACAGCAAUCAUGAAGAACUCGCCCUCUGCCAAGGAGGUGUUUAAGGAGCGGAUUGGUUAUUCUCACCUGUAUGAAGUGCUGAAAAGCCAAGGAGAGCCAACAAAUCGUCUCCUGCAAGAGCUCAUGAACAUGGCCAUUGAAGAUGACAACAUGGCCAACCUCACAAUGAUCAACAAUGAGCAGCCCCUGUUAAUCUUGGUGCAGUGGAUUCCUGACCUGAAGUCCCGUGAUCUACAGAUCUUUGUCUCUGAGUGGCUGAAGAAAGUGUGCAGUGCCACCCUGCGGACACGUAUGACUUGUGUAAAAGCUGGAAUGCUUCCCACUGUCCUGGCAACUUUGGGCUGCCACCCACAGCUUGACAGGAAGUGCAGUGAGAACCUUAUUGACCUGCUCCAGUCCCUAGGGAGACUCUCCAUUCAACCUGCAGAACUUCGGCAGCUGAUAAAACUUCUUCGAACCGAUGAUGGCAAAGCACACCCGUAUUCCACUCGUGUUAUUCGGGCUUUGUCAGCAAUGGCAAGGAAAGAUAGCUCAGAAAGUGUGCUGCAGUAUUUUGAUCUGACUCCCAGCAUGGCUGGAAUAAUGGUUCCCACCAUCCAUAAGUGGCCAGGUAAUGGUUUUGCAUUCCAUGCUUGGCUCUGUCUGAACGAGGAACAAGAGGACUUUUACUUAUUAAGAAAGAGACCAAAAAGGAAACAACUGUACAGUUUCUUUACAGCCAGUGGCACUGGAUUCGAGGCCUUCUUCACCUCAGAUGGGAUGCUGGUUGUCGCAGUUUGCACAAAAAGAGAAUACAUGACUGUAGCCCUCGAAGACUGCUGCUUUAGUGACUCAACCUGGCACUGCAUUGACAUUGUUCACAUCGCAGGACGUCGACCCUUUGGGCAGAAUGUGGUGAAUAUCUACACAGAUGGUUACCUGAGGAAGACUGCACCGUUACGAUUCCCUUCACUUAAUGAGUCUUUCACGUAUUGCUGCAUUGGUUCAGCGGGUCACAGGACAACUACAACGGUUGUUACAUCUCCUUCCCAGUCUCCUGAUCUCUCCUUCAUCCCACACCCCCCACUCAGUCGCUCUCAGUCCUUCCCUGCCAGCUUUGCAGCUCCCUCCAGAGACUCCAUCUUGUUACCAGCCAUCGUCAACACAAUUGCAGCCGGCACACAGGAUACAGAGUGGGGCACGCCCACCUCGCUGGAAGGCCAGCUGGGAUCUGUCUUUGUGUUUCAUGAGGCCCUACAGCCAAUGCACAUAAAAGCACUCUUUACUGGAGGUCCAAACAAUCUGUUGCCCUUUAAGCCUGACAGUGAGCUAUCUGAUCUGGGUAGUAAACUACUCCUUUACUACUCUCCCAAGGCCUGCAGAAAUCAUAUUUGCUUGGACCUCUCUUCAAAUCAUUCUUACGAUGGGAGGUUGACCGGGCACGACACGAUCAACUGGGAUAUUAAGGAUGUAAUCAGCUGCAUGGGAGGGAUGGGAACACUCCUUCUCUUGCUGGAACAAGUGUCAUCCAAGAGUGAUGAUUCAGAAGAGAACCAGGAGACGACUGACCUGGUGGGACCAGAACUGACGUCCUCACAGAACUUCCAGAGCAUGGUCCUGCCCUUGGGAAAGUCUUCAGAGAGCAAAUUGGAGAGAAAUAGUGUUGCUGCUUUCUUGCUACUUAUUAAGAACUUUAUCCAAAAUCAUCCUAUAAACCAGGAGAAUCUCAUCCAGUGCAAUGGCCCGGCUAUCAUGGGUGCCCUGCUGCAAAAGGUUCCAAGUCACAGAGUGGAUAUGAAUGUGCUUAUGGCCUGUCAGUUUCUAAUGGAGCAAGCAGCCAGUGAAGGCAAUAACCUUCUCCUCCACUAUCUGUACCAAUACCUGCUCUUUGACUUCCGCAUCUGGAGCCACAGUGACUUUGCUGUUCGAUUAGGGCACAUACAGUACUUAUCCACGAUCACCAAAGAUCACAAGCAGCGUAUCAGAAAGAAGUAUGGUGUGCAGUAUGUACUGGACUCUAUCCGGACUCACUAUGGUGCACAGAAGGAUAACCAGGUCACAGCUGAUGUUAAAACAGUUCAGCUAUCGAUCUUCAACCUGCUUAAGGAUUUCAUUUAUAAGGCAAUUUCAGCUGAGGAGUUGCAGAGCAUCGUUUCCUACAUGGCAGCUGUGAAUGAUGAAGAUCAGCUCCAUGGUAUUCUGGAUGUGUUGCUCAGUCUGUUGAAGGGAGCUCCUUCUCGAGACCAGCUUUGCACCUUACUGUUUGAGCCUGGCAAUGUGGAGGUGUUUUACUCACUGAUCCUACAGAAGAAAUAUUCAGAUGAAGUGCGUGAGAAAAUCUUUAGGCUAAUAUACAAGAUGUUAAAGUAUGAGAAAGUUAAUGAAAGAAGCAAACUGCGGCUGAAGCUAAAGGAUAUUGGGUACCAGGGUUUGACUUCUUUCCUGAAUGACUUUCCUGCCUCAGUGUCACUCAUUCGGUGCCUCUCGGAGCAAGUGCUGUGCUCGGAUCCUGUUCCAAAUUACAAGGACCUGGUUGCUGUGGUUUAUCUGUCUCACAAAGCAGACCUGACUGUGCGGCUGGACGUCUGUCGAAAGCUUUUUCACCUUAUUUACUCUCAACAAGACAUUGUGCGUCAAUUGGCAAAACAGGCUGGAUGGCAGGACAACUUGACCAAACUCUACGUCAAAGAAUCAUACGAGUCUCGAGAGGCCAGUCUAUCAAGCUCAUUUGCCAGCUACUCCAUGGACCUACCUAAGAACUCUUAUCAGAACCAAGAGCUUAUCCAGGAACAAGAUAAAGAGAUGAAUAAUCGGACAAGUAGUCAGUCAGACUUCCAGGAUUGUGAGGUCUUUCUUCCCUUCAACAUGGAUCUCAACGAUGACAUUUCAGAAGGGCAUUCUGAUCUUUCUAUGUCUCCUGGUUUCCCUUCUGGCAAGAUGAAGGCUUUUGACUCCUUGAACUUCAAAUCAUUUGACUCUUUGGAGCACGGUAAUACAAUAGACAAUCCUAUCUCGAGUGAAGUUGGCCUACCUGACAUAGCUGAAGAUGCUUUCUAUCAACCCCAAUCACCUUUCACAGUCCCAUCUUUUGACUUGGGAAUGGACGUGGGGAGUGCCAGUUCCUUUACUACCUUGGAGAGUGGAAACCUGACUCCAGUCAGCAAAUCAGAAACACCAUCUCCUCUGGAGAGUUUCAAACCCUUCCCAGGUAUUCGAACAUGGAAAAGUUCCAGUUUAUCCAAUGUCCUGGAUGACAGCAGUUACCAAGAGAAUCUCCCCAGUGAUGAUGCUUCCAACACCAGCAAUCCACAGCAAACACCAGAGGAAGAACUUUGCAACUUGCUGACUAACAUCAUCUUCUCUGUAACAUGGCGAGGGGUGGAGGGUUGUGAAGAUGCAGCAUGGAAAGAGCGAGGACAGGUCUUUUCUGUCCUGACCAAACUUGGGGCAGCUUGUGAGCUGGUGCGUCCACCGGAUGAAAUCAAAAGAAGCCUGUUGGAGAUGAUGCUGGAGUCUGCAUUCUCUGACAUUAAGGAUGCCACAAAUAUAAUGCUGACCAGCCACAUUCACAAUGUUCUGAAACUGCUCCGACUGCUUCAAGACUUCCUCUUUUCAGAAGGCCAGAGCAAUCAAGUGCUAUGGAGUGAAAAGAUUUUGGAAGGAACCAUUAACUUACUGGACAAACUUUCUGUUUGGUACCAUUCAGACAAUGGAACGUCUGACCUGAAGGAAAUGGCUCAGAUUGGCCUCAGGAUUAUCCUAGGCUACAUUAUACAGGAUGAUAUGCAGGUAUGUGCAAUGGCCUGUGUCAAACUUCAUAGCCUCCUCCAAACCAUGCCAAUACGGAAGGAAGAAGCCUGUUUCUUGUUGGGAAAACUAGAUGUGCCCCUCACCAGGUCUAUCAAGGAAAAGUCAGACAUCUUCUCAUACCUGAUGCCUAUCGUUCGGACUCUGAUGGACCAAUGCUACCAAUUGCUUGAGCUCCAGUAUCAGCUGCCAUCCCUGCCACCCACCAAUGGCAGCCCAACCUUCUACGAGGAUUUCCAGCAUUUCUGUGUCACCUCUGAAUGGAAAUUAUUCAUGGAAAGAAAUGUUUUAAAAGCCAUGGCUCAGUAUGAAUCGGACACAUUUGACACAAGUCACAAACAGAUGUCCAGCUUCUGGAAUUCCUGUUACGACUCACUAAUGAGUAGUGCUCUACGUCGGGAGCAUGAGCGUGGGGAGAGUCGUUCCAAGUUCCAGGAGUUAAUGCUGGAGCCCUUCUUGAAGCGUGUGAGGAGUGAGAAUGCUCGAUACAGCAACACACUCAAACAGAUUAACAGUCACCACAGAGCAGUACUUCGCCAGUGGAGCUCAUUGAGGCGACUCCUGACCUGCUCACGUGGAGCCUGGGCAGAACAGAGUCCCUCUGAAAUAAAAUGGAAACUAUCAAGUGUGGAAACUUACUCAAGGAUGAGGCUCAAAUUGGUUCCAAACUACAACUUCGACAAACAUUUGGAUGCCAGUGCCUUGCGAGAUAAUCUUGGUAGUGAUCAGGCGAGAACCCCACCAGACUCUCUACCACUGGCUGUAGCAAAGGAGGCAAAAGUGAGUGAGCUGGAGGAUGAUCAGCUUGGAGAUGAAGACCUGGUUUUCCUUAACAACCAGGUAGAACCUGAGGAGCCCAGUCAGAAGGAGAAGUUGGUGAUUUCUGAGGAAUGUGAGCUGAUCACAGUUGUCGCAGUGAUCCCUGGACGCCUAGAGGUCACCACACAGCAUAUUUAUUUCUAUGAUGGCAGCUCGGAGAAAGAAGAGACAGAAGAGGGUAUUGGGUAUGAUUUCAAACGUCCCCUCUCUCAUCUCCGAGAAGCACAUCUCAGGCGCUAUAACUUGAGGAGAUCUGCUCUGGAGUUCUUCUUCAUUGAUCAAUCAAACUACUUUGUGAACUUCAAAAAAAAGGUCCGAAACAAAGUGUACUCGCGCAUCCUGGCAGCACGGCCCCCCAACCUCUUCUACUUCGAUAGCCACUCUCCCCAGGAACUGCUGAAAGCGUCUGGAUUAACUCAAAAAUGGGUUCAGAGAAAGAUAUCCAACUUUGAGUACUUAAUGCAACUUAACACCAUUGCAGGAAGAACCUAUAAUGAUCUGUCUCAAUACCCAGUGUUUCCAUGGAUCAUCUGUGACUACACAUCUGAAGAAUUAGAUUUGAACAAUCCAAAUGUCUUCCGAGAUCUCUCUCGUCCAAUUGGUGUGGUGAAUGAUAAGCAUGCAAAGGAUGUAAAGGAGAAGUAUGAAAGCUUUGAAGAUCCCACAGGAAACAUUGAUAAAUUCCACUAUGGUACACACUAUUCCAAUGCAGCUGGAGUCAUGCACUACAUGAUCCGGAUCGAACCUUUCACUACCUUGCACAUCCAGCUACAGAGCGGCAGAUUUGAUUGUGCAGACCGUCAGUUCCACUCAAUCCCCGCAGCCUGGCAGGUCCGGAUAGACAAUCCUGUCGAUGUGAAGGAGCUAACUCCAGAAUUCUUCUACUUCCCAGAAUUUCUGGAGAACCAGAAUGGGUUUGAUCUCGGUUGCCUGCAGAUGACCAGCGAGAAUGUGGCUGAUAUUGUCCUUCCAAAGUGGGCAAAAUCUCCUGAAGACUUCAUUUACAAGCACAGAAAAGCACUGGAGUCAGAGCAUGUCUCUGCAAACCUCCAUGAUUGGAUUGACCUAAUCUUUGGCUACAAGCAGAGGGGGCCUGCAGCUGUUGAAGCACUGAAUGUCUUUUAUUACUGCACAUAUGAAGGUGCUGUGGAUCUGGAUGCAAUUGCUGAUGAGACAGAAAGGAAGGCUUUAGAAGGGAUCAUCAGUAACUUUGGACAAACCCCAUGCCAGCUCCUGAAGGAGCCACAUCCUCCACGACUUACCGCAGAGAAUUCUCUCAGACGCUCAGCACGAUUUGACAGCUAUACAGCGAAUGUCUUUGAUCAGCUAGGCCAACUUAAGUCAUUCUUUGUUGAGGGCAUCAGUGAUGAUAUUCCAUUGGUACAAGCUGUGGUACCAAAAAAUCAAGCACACACUUUUAUCACACAGGGAUCUCCAGAUGUUCUGGUAACAGUGAGUAUGAAUGGUUUGAUAGGAACUCAUGGCUGGCUGCCAUAUGACAAAAACAUUUCAAAUUACUUCACUUUUACCAAGGACCCGAUCAUCUCCAGUGCAAAGACUCAACGUUUCCUAUCUGGCCCACUUGCUCCUGGUGUGGAUUUAUCGCCAAAGAUCCUUGUCGUUUCCCAUGAUGGAAAACUUCUUUUCAGUGGUGGUCACUGGGACAACAGUCUCCGAGUUACAUCCUUGAGCAAGGGCAAAGUAAUAGGACACAUCAUGAGGCACAUAGAUAUUGUAACUUGUCUAGCACUGGACCUUUGUGGCAUUUAUCUGAUUUCUGGAUCAAGAGACACCACCUGUAUGGUGUGGCAGCUCAUCCAGCAGGGUGGUUUUGCUUGUGGAUUGGCCCAGAAGCCAGUACAAGUACUCUAUGGACAUGAUGAUGCAGUCACCUGUGUGGCCAUAAGCACUGAGCUUGACAUGGCAGUAUCAGGAUCAAAGGAUGGUACAGUCAUUGUGCACACCAUCCGCCGUGGCCAGUUCAUGCGGACCCUGCGGCCCCCCUGUGAAAGCACACUACCCAUGACCAUCAGCAACCUUGUCAUUGGAUAUGAAGGCCAGAUUGUCAUCCAUAGCACCAUAGAAAGCAGGGCUUUAUCAAAGGAUAAAAUCUUCUUGCACCUUUAUUCUAUAAAUGGCAAGCACUUAGCAUCUGUGACCAUGGAUGAGCAGGUGUCCGCGAUGAGCAUCGUUGAAGAGUUUGUGGUGCUGGGUACUGAGCAGUGCUCACUGCAUGUACGGGAUCUUCAAAGUUUGAAGAAUGCAAUGCAACCAAUGGUCAUGAAGGUUCCCAUCCACUGUGUCUCUGUUACCAAAGAUAACAGCCAUAUUCUCGUUGGUUUGAAUGAUGGGAAACUGAUUGUGGUGGCAUCAGGAAAACCUUCUACGAUGCGUUCAGGUCAAUUCACCAGACGGUUGUGGGGUUCCACCAAGCGCAUUUCUCAAGUGUCAUCUGGAGAAACGGAGUACAACAAGACUGACACAAGCACAAAGUAAAACUCAAACAUGAUGAGCUGAAUUCCACCAAGAAUCUCCUUCCUGUUACAAUCAGCAAAAAAAAACCUUUUCUAUUUAUUUAAAAGGAAACGAAUGAAAACUGAGCAAAGCUGGAAGGCUGGAGAAGUGACAGGUUGUGUGGCUCCGUCAGCAAUAUGAUGAGCUGCUUUCACCAACCAAAGCACCUAUUUGAAUCUAAGCGAUUUAAAGGGUUCAAUGUUUACAAGAAAAGUGGAAAAGGAUCAGAUGCCUUAAUAAUUCAAGGAUUUUUAAACCUUUUUCACAUGGAAUUGUCAAUCUUUGGCAAUUUCUACCUGCACAGUGCAAACUACUGUAAUUUGUAGUAUGAUGUGAUGAUGAGAGAAUGGAGAGGUUUAUUGAGGGGCGGAAAUUUUAUUUUAUAAUUCAUCUGUAUCUUUGUCUUUUUUAUCACAUUGGGAAAGUUAUAAACACAAUAAGACACAUCACUCAAAUUUAAAACAUUUGUGCUGGAUUGUCUUUACCUAUUAAGUUGCUCCCUGUAACAGGUUGGUUUUUGCAUUAUUCACUUUUCUGUUGUAAAUUUGCCCAUUGUGAACAUCUACUGUUGAUAUUGAAUGUCAUGCAUUGUUAGAUUAAGGACUCUGAAAUCAGGACCUGUUUCAGGCUCCCUUCCCUAUUGAUAGAACUGAGCUUUUGAUUGAAAGAUAUUAGUUGAGAGGAAAUUGGUGCAAUGAUGAAAUUGUUCUUGUGUUUGAUUGCAACUUGCUCUUUUUACAUCACACUUCCACCAAAGAGACCAAGCUGCGGGCUGUGACUUUCUUCCCAUUAGCUUAUUUUAAUAUUUCUGUAUUUUCUUCCUGCAACAGUGCCUUUCUCAAUCUGCAAUCAGGGUGGCGGUUCUUCUCUUCCAUCUGAUCUCCAGCUCCUCUCCCUAAGGUUUUCCCCGUAUUUCGAAAAUUACUCUUUCUUUCCCUGAUCCUUCAAAGUUUUAAUCUCUAACCACACAAUUUUCUCUCACCUUCUUAAAAUGUCUACAUUGCACCUUAAGACACUGAUUCCUAUUUUUUUCUUUUAAGGCUGUAGAACUCUGAAAGUUCUAAAUUUCCAUUCAUGCUGCAAUGCAUUUGCUUUCAAAAUUAAACCUUUUAAUCAUUAUUUCUCGAUUCUUCCCUUUCUCUAUUCUCAAUCUUACAACUAUGCUGUAGUACAAAUUUUCACUGCUCUUUUGAGGUAUUAAGUUAAUUCCUUGAACUGAAAAAAAAUCAGAUUUAAACAUUUGGAUGCAGCACCUUGAUUGGUUUCAGAAUCUAAAUUGAAUGGUUUUGAGUGGUAAAUAAUAUGUAGAGAGUAAUUUGAAACACCUAAUACUAAGUGCAAUUAAGUUGUACAUCUGCAAUUUAUCUCAACCACCUUAAGCAGUAAGGGAAGUGAGGAGAGGUUCAGCUAAAUUUCCAUCUCCUAACAUACAGCCACUUGAGGAUAGGAUUGAGCAAAUCUGCCAGUCCUUGAGUUUAAACAAAGUUUCAGGUCAGAUAUAAUGAAUGAGCAUUUGGCUAAAAUUAGUGUCACAAGACCCUGGAAUUAAUCUGCAUCAUCAGGUCAGAAACGGAAAGGUGAAAGGCACUAGGUGUUGAAUGAUUUGCUUUGAGCCACCUUCAUGUAUUUCAGUUUUGCACAUUAACUUGGUUAUAAAUACUUCUGAAAUGGCAGUGGAGAAUUGUUCUCCAGCCAUAAAUCUAAAUGAGCUCCUCUUUUCAUUUCUCAUAGAAAGUAGCUGAUGUUUUCAUGUCUCCCCCAGUUUGAUACUUUUCUCUGGCAUAGUGCCCCCAUAUAUGUACCCUACAAUAGGACUUUGCACAUCAACAAAACAUUUUCAUGGAUGUGUAGGGCCUAUUAUCCUGUCAUUUCUAAAGAGUAUUUUGAAUACAAUUCAUCUGUUAAAGUAAGUUUGAGGGACAAAAUUUUUUCAAUUUCAGUCAGGUUUGUGGGGAAUGGGUUAGGUCCACAUGCUUUAUUGGGUUUCAUGGCUUCAUCAAUAGCAACCCUCCACCCCUCCCCAAACCAAAAUCUUCCACAUCUAGAAGGAUAGGGAACCAUGCAUUUGGGAACAUCAUCAUCUUUAACAUUUCCUCCAAACUGCAUGCCAUCCGGAUUUGUACAUAUAAUUUUGUUUCUUCUUUGCUGCUGGGUCAAAAUAUUGGACACCUCUGCCUAAUAGCAUUAUAGUGAGUAGCUUAACCACAUGUCCUAGGAAUGUUCAUGAAGGCUUCCUACCAAUAUCUUUUCAGAAGAACUGAAGACCAAUGGUGGACCUCAGAGCUACCAUCCUUGAUUACCUGUACACCACUGAUGUCUGGGCAUCAGCUGUCAAUCCCCAGACAUCUGCUUUGCUGAUCAGAUAAGUGGAAAUACCUGACCUUUAGAAUCAUUUCUUUGUAGAGAGAGGUGCCACUACCAAAAAUAAAACAGGCUCUGGUAUGUGCAGAUGUCACCCUAAUUUGUAGUCCUCCCUUCAUGUUGCUGGUAGAGUUUUAAUGAGAAUGCCUUUAGACUUGUGAAUUUUUAAGACAACAGUUGAGAAGAGAGGAUUCAGAAUGGAAGCUGUCACUGAGUGCUAUGGCCCAAAUUUGUGUACACCUUUUGGCUUUGUCAAUUCUCCCAUCCAAGACCCUCCAUAUUUUGAGUAUUGUUCCAAAAUUGCUAUUCCAGUUCCUUAUUAACAUCAAUUCAGUAAAAUCUAACCCAAGAAAAUAGGAACAAUUAAACUGUAUUCUUCACCUAAUCUCAUCACUGCUGAAAUGCACAUAUGCAGUUAACACCAACUCCCAAAAAGGGCUAGAAAUUGGGUAAAAGGUUAUCCAUCAUCUUUUUCAGCAUUAAGAUUCAUGCAGAGUUUUUUUUUGGGGACCCAUCAUUUGCAUAGACAUUUUGACAGCUGAAUAAGUUUAACUUUGAAGACACAAAAGACAGCAGAUACUGGACUCUGGAGCAACAAACAAAAUGCUGGAGGAGCUCAGCGAUCAGGCAACAUCUGUGAAGGGAAAUGAACAGUUGACAUUUCGGGUGGAGAUCCUUCAUUUGGAUUGAUGAGAUCCAGAUGAAGGGCCUCAACCCAAAACAUUGACUGCCGAUUUCCCUCCACAGAUGCUGCCUGACUCUGAGUUCCUCCAGCAUUUUGUGCGUUCAACUUAACUACUCCUGACCAAUAGUAACAUAUAAUUAUCAUUGCUACAAAGUCCCCUUGCCUAUGUGGACACUGGGUUCUGUUGUCUCACAGGACUCGGUAUCCAAGUUAGACAAAUAGACAAUGAGAUAGUGGCAAGCCUGAACCAGGUAGUCAGAUGACUCAAGACAGUCAUGAGAUUAUACCUCAACAAGGUAGAGCAGAGGAUGAGGGUGGAUGGUGGGAAUAAAAUUUGGUAUGAAAGUUGUCAGUUUCACUAUUGGUGUUUAUGGGGGGCAGGGUGGAAUCUGUCAUCUUGACAGCAAUGAAUAUCAAGGCAUGUAGCUGUAGGUCAAUUUUCAGUCCAAAUUACAUUUUAAAUGAGAUGAGGUAAAAUAGCAAUUUGGAUUUGAAGUUUUGUUUUAAAAAGUAUAUCUAUUUGUGUUUAUUCCACUGCCUGACGGCAAACAAGACUUUUACUGAGUACAUUCCAGAAAAUCAAAUUUUUUGAAUUUCAAUGAAUCUGUGUAGAAGUUAAAUAAUUUCUUAACUUUAUAUUUGUCGUUGUGUGUGUGUGUGUGUGUGUGUGUGUGUGUGAGAAAUUGUUUAAAAAAGGGAGAACAUGCCUUAAAUGUAUAAAUCGAUGGCCUUUUAUUGAACUGCAUUUGUUCUCUUACUGCUUGUGACUUGAACUUUUGCUUUGAAAAACACUGAAAAUAUAUAUGAAAAUAAUGUAUUUUAAAUUGUA